AUGGACAAUUCAAUACCUUCCCAAUCCACCGACAGCCACUUGAGUCGGGAUGAGACCCUCGAAAGCCUGCGCAGUGUGGGGAUCACAGAGAACGCCCCUGCUCCCGACUACAGCUACCCAGAAACGAGACGAAAGAAGCACCCAGUAUUUCCAGAAGAAUAUGUUGUCGAAACAAAAACCGGCCUUGUUCCGCAAAAGACUUUGGAACAGGUCCGAUCCGGUCCAUCAUCAGCGACAGCUCGAGCGCCGGAGGACAAUGAGAACGCCGAUUUAGAAAAAGGGCCCAAAGAUACACCCGAGUUCAUCACCUUCACGAUUAAUGACCCGGAACACCCUUACAAUUGGUCCCGCGCUUAUCGAUGGUACAUCACACUGGUCGCAUCCGGACUAGUGGUGUGUGUUGCAUACGGCUCGUCAUUUGUUACGGGUGGCUUAGGCUUGAUCCAAGAGAAAUAUAACGUAUCCCUUGAAGUCGCUAUUCUGACAUGCUCAAUCAUGGUCUGUGGAUUCGCAGUUGGGCCGUUACUCUGGUCACCACUGUCAGAGAUCAUCGGACGAAGACCAGUGUACAUCAUCUCGCUAAGUCUUUACACGAUCUUCAAUAUUCCAUGUGCCUUGUCACCCAACAUCGGUGGACUCCUAGUCUGUCGUUUCCUGUGUGGUGUAUUUUCCAGUUCCGGCCUUUCCCUUGCCGGUGGGACUAUCGCCGACAUUUGGAGCAUCGAGGAACGGGGUAUGGCCAUUGCCUAUUUCGCAGCUGCUCCCUACUGUGGCCCCGUCAUCGGACCGAUCGUCACAGGCUGGAUCAAUGUUGGUACACAUCGACUUGAUUUAUUCUUCUGGACAAAUAUGGCCUUUGCCGGUGUGACUUUGAUCCUAGUGGGGUUUGUUCCAGAGACAUACGCACCCAUUAUUCUCAAAAAGCGUGCUGCCAAAAUGCGGAAAGAAACUGGCAACCAAAAUAUUAUGACUGAACAAGAACAAAAAAAACUUUCGCUUGGUGAUAUUGCUCGAACAAAUCUGAUUCGCCCUAUUACGAUGAUAAUGACGGAGCCUGUUUUGGAUUUGAUGUGCAUGUAUAUCAUGCUCAUCUACUCGAUGCUAUAUGCCUUCUUCUUUGCAUACCCCGUUAUCUUCGGAAAACUCUAUGGUUAUAACGACGGACAGAUUGGUCUGAUGUUUAUCCCCAUUCUGAUUGGUGCCGCUAUAUCUCUGCUGAUUACCCCCACCAUCGAGAAGCAAUUCAAAAGACCCCCCUUCAUCCCGAUCGCAUUCUUCUUGCUGGGAGCAACCUCUUACAAACAUAUAAUCUGGGUUGGACCGGCUUCAUCUGGUAUUGCCUUCGGGUUCGGUAUGGUUCUGUGCUACUAUUCCGUGAACAACUAUCUCAUCGAUGCAUAUCAGAAAUAUCCUGCCUCGGCUUUAGCAGCGAAGGUGUUUCUCAGAUCUGGUGGUGGUGCCGCUUUCCCUUUGUUUAUCACACAGAUGUAUGACCGCCUCGGAUUGCAAUGGGCAUCAUGGUUGCUAGCGUUCAUUGGGCUAGCAAUGGUUUGCAUUCCUUUUAUGUUCUACUUCUUCGGCAUCAAGCUUCGUGCAAAUCUUGGACGCAAUUGA